UUUGCAAGACAAAUAGAACAGUCAACCUCCGAGUUUGAUAGAGGAAGAGAUGGCCGCGCCGGCGGCCGAGCUGAAAAAUGGCAGCCAUCCACUUCCAUGGCUGAAUAUAGUGAUCACCGAACCUUUCUACCUCCUCCAUUUGCUCCUUUUCUUCUCAUACUUCGUCGUGCGCUGCUCUGCCCUACAAGGCCUUUCCCCAGAUCUCCCUCUUCAGCUACUUCGUCGGGAGAUUCAAGCAGUCCUUGCGUUCUCAGUGUUAACUGCGGUGAAGUUUGUCAGAGAGGAAACUUGGGAGGCUUUCAUUGCUGAUCUCUUAUUCUAUUCUAAGGUCUUCCUUUUUGCAGUUACACUGAAUAUUGAUUAUCAUGCAGCUUUCUGCUACUCAGUGGUUUUUGCAGCUAUCUUUAUUUUGACCCAGCAACCGCCUUAUGAUGGAGUAGGCGAAUCACGUCAUUUGACACCUUUACAGUUGGAAACAUUGCUUGCUGAAGGAAAUUCCUCUAGAUUCUGGCUGGUUGAGUUUCGUGUUUUAUGUUCAUCAGCGUGUAUUCGUACAAGUCGUAUUUUUCCUGAUCUUUCCGUCAUAUAUUCGAAUAAAAAUGUUUCUUUUGGGAUAGUAGAUCUCGGUCACUUCCCAAACGUAGCAAAGAAGUUCGGAAUAUCUCUAUCUGGUUCACAUCCUACCUAUAUUUUAUAUGAAAAUGCCGUGGAAGUUGCCCGGCUCCCAGACAUCAUCAAUGGCUCCAAAGCUUUUAGGCCAGCUAUUACUAAGGGCCUUCUAUGCCAGCAUUUUGAGCUUGACAAGAAACUGGUUGAAUACAUAUCAAAUUGAUUUUUAUUUGGUAGAUUUACAUACAUGCCACUCCAUUGUUAUAAGUUUACA